AUGGUCUCUUUGAUACUUUUAUCAUCUUUUCAAAGACCCGCUGUACGAUCUUUGCGUAGAAACCUUCUCCUUUCUGCUACUCAUAAUAGAAGUGUUACUUUCUCCACAAGUACCUUCUUGCGAGGGCCGAAAAAAGAGAGUCAUGCCUGUUCUGAACAGGAAACAAAAUCUAGUGAAAAUAAAAAACAAAAAAUAAGUGAAGAUACCCAUAUGAGUAGUAAAAGUAAUGUUCAGUUAAUAACAACAACAGAGGUUUCUACCACUACUGGGGUACGUUGGUUGGAUGUCGCUGGACGAACGCAUGCGUGGGCGGAUGAUUCCUUUCAUCGUGAUGGUGACUUUGUGGCUUAUGCUGUCGAGACUCUACGCAAUUGGAAACUCCCGCCGGAUAUGAUCAAAACAGUUUCUUAUAAUACUCGUCCAUUGCCGUUUGUGCGUGUAGAAGAUACUUGGGCGUGUCUGACAUUACGAUGUGCACGACAGAAGCCCUUUUGGCUCUCUUCUAUUUUGCACGAAAAAGUAAAAGACUUUCGCAGGUCCGGGCAUACAAGCGAACAUCGUAAACCUGCUCUGGAUGAUGAGGGAUGGGAUGAAUACGGUGAUCAAGUUGAUUCUGGUAGUUCUCAUAAGAAAAAGAAGAAUAAUAAGAAUAAGAAUACUAAUAUUACUAAUAAUGAUAUCCGUGAUUAUGAUGACGAUGAUAGUUAUAUCUUUUUCAAUGAUAAAGAUGAGGCUCGUGUGCGUAAUGGACGCCGUAAUGCACUUUUUGGUAAAAAUAGUAGAAAUGGUCAUAUGAAUACGAAAGGGUAUUUUGUCUCUGCUCAUGCUACCAUGAUGGAAUUAACGGAUCGCAUUCAUAUCUUUCUCUUUAAAGAAAGUCAUCCAUCUAAUGAAAGUGGAAAUGAAUUAAGUGAAGCACAAGCAAAUGUAUGGCGUAGUAAAGUGAAUACCGAACAAGAGACUAAUAAUAAUAAUAAUAAUAAUAAUAAUAAUAAUAAUAAUAAUAAUAAUAAUAAUAAAGAAGAUAGUGAAGAUCAGUUAUCCGUACGUUGGCGAGUUGUGACUGUUCACCGUUAUCGAAUCCCAUUUAUUGAAGACAUGUUAAAAUCGUGGACAACACGAUUAUUACGUGAAGAGACUUGGGUGGGAAUUGUACGUCAACUCGUUCACGGGAUCACAAAAAGUGUUCAACAUAUGGAUUAUAAAUAUGCUGAACGAUUAGAUGAACUUGAAGUUAUUUUGUUUAAUUCCUCUACAAAAAUGAGUGAACUUUCCAAGAUAUUAACACAAGUACAUGUUAUUCACAGACGAGCCAAUAUUUAUGCGAACCUCUUACGUGAAACCCAGAGAUGUUAUAUAAAAUUAUUUAAAUCUUUAAAUGUACCAAUUAAUGUUCGAGAGCAAAAGGAAAUACUUUUCCUCACAAAUGCCGUAUCACUUGCUGAGGAACUUCAUGAUCAGUCACGUUCACUUUUAGCCCUACAGUUUUCUGUAGCCGCAUAUACUUUAGAAGAUCAUCUUCGCGUAUUGACAAUAUUUACAACUUUUUUUAUUCCAUUAGAAUUAAUUACAUCUUGGUUUGGUACAAAUUUUAUUGGAAUGAAACCAUUUAUGGAGGAUAUUUGGGGUAUGUACUUUGCUGUGGUAUUGUUGGUAGUAACUGGGGCUGCAACGAAUAUCUGGAUGCGCCGAACUGUGAUAGCAUCACAUUAA